CUGAUUGGUUGUUUACAGACGCGUAUUGAUGAGGUUGCAUGAACGCAAACUUUACGCGCCUGGUUCUUCAGUGCUUAGUGUUUGUAAGCGCAUUUACUGAAACACAAUGAGUAAAAAGAGUAAUGUAUCAUGGGUGAAGCCAGCCGAACCAUCUUUUUUGAAGAAAUUCAAGAAUGAUGUUGGUUUUAAAGAAGGGCCGACAGUGGAGACUAAAAAGCAGCAGAUGCCGCAGUUGGAUGAAGACAGCGGUGACAGUGAUCGGGAGGAGGAGAUGCCGCAGGUCGUGGUCUUGAAAAAGGGAGAUCUAAAUGCUGAAGAGGUUAUGAAAAUCAAAAAAGAUACAAAGGAUUCAAAGAAAGAUGAACAGCCUCCACCGGAUGGGAAGAUCGUCUUUAAGAAGCCUGUCAAACGCUCCUCUGAUAAAUUCAAAGGCAUUACUGCCAGCUCUAGCAAGAAGAAGAAAAGUGAGGAUGGUGAGAAGAAAGAGUCAAAAGCUGGUGUGAAGGUGAAGAACAACAGCCUUCUGUCUUUUGGUGGUGAUGAUGAUGAUGAUGAUGAUGAUGAUGAGGAGGAGGAGGAGGAGGAAGACUAGUUUGACAGGGAUACAAGCAUCUCUUUGAGUCAGAUUGUCUUGGACUGCUUCUUUCAAAGACCAAUCUGCUCUUUUAAAAAUAUAUAUUUCUUUGUGUGUGUGUGUAAAAUAGAUGUUUGUGAGAUUGGUCAAAUCCAUGCAGCUUAUUUGUUAUAUAAUUUUGUAAAACAUAUGAGUCAUUAUGAGCCUUCUUGAGCAUCUUCAACAGCAGAUAGGAAGUAACAAUAUAUGAUUUCUUUUGCAUAAUCAUAAUUGUCAUUAAUAACACUUUUGAAAGACUACUGAUGAUAGAUCGAAAGAGAAACAAAAACAUCUGGGUCAAUUAGAAAUGCAAAUAUGAUAGAACGUGGAACAUAGAAGUUGAUUUCAAAGAUGCUCUGAAGUGUUUCAUAGAAAUCGCUAUGAAAUCCAACAGGAUGUACAGAUAUGGCUUCUAUAAAGGAGCUGUUCAGUUUCCUUUUAUUGUUGUUUUAGGUUUUUGUUUUGCAUACUGUUGACACUCAAAAUCCCUGAUUCUGGGAUAUUUGGGGUUGUAUUUUAUUAUUAAAUACAUUUUGAGGAAAGAAAAAGCAUGCAUUCUGGAAUAAAAUGUUUUUACCACCAUUUA